AUGGCUACCAUGCAGCAGCAGCUUCAAGCGGUUUUGGCUCAACAAGAUGUUUUGGCAAAGGGAAGUGGAGGUAUGGAUGGUUUUGCAAGUUAUGCUCCCGCUCCCUCAAAUGGACCUAUGGUCGUAACCAUUCCAGCUUUGUCUUCUAAUCUUGGCCUUGGUACUGUACCAAAAUUGGCAACCAUGGCGAUUGGUCCCCCUCCGCGAACCAGGGAUGCGCAACUGGAAAAUGUGGCAGAUGCAGGGCAGCCCGUUGCUCCUAUUCAGGGUUCUUGUGUGGUUGGAGGAGAAGGGCAAAUGUUCAGCGCCCUUUCUCAACAAAGUGCCGCUCUGACACAGCUGGUUGCUCACCUUGCAGGGGGCGAUCCUAUGUCGGACUUGGCAGGGCAUUCAGGGACAACAGGCCUUGGCUUGAAUACCAAGGGCGUAGCAAGACGAGAAAGGAUGCAGAGCGACUUGGCUCAGCGCAGUUCCAACUAUUUUCUGCAGGUCCAACAGCAGCUUUUCAAGAGGAUGAACCCCAGCAGAGCGGUACCCAAAAAUGCAGCCGAGCUCAGUCAAGCUGGAGCCUCCAUGACUGCUUAUUUGGAACGGUAUGGGGGCAUUAGACAGAAUCGAAAUACAGGGCUGAUCAUGUGGAUUCUUGCUCAUGCCAUGGACUCUGCAUCCCAAGACGAUUUCCAUGGGACCAAGGAGUACCUGGCUUUGUUGGUGGCAGCUCUCGAACAGAGCACGCUGGAUGGGGGAUGGGGCGUAGCAUACGUUUUGUCUCUGAUGGAGGAGCCGCCUCAGCAGCUCUUCAUGGAGCGCAUGACUCCGGUCUCGGCGACUGGGAGGCCGUUCUCUCCUCUUGUCCCUCCCAGCUGGGCCGCAGUGGCACUGAGCUACCUGAAGGAGCUGGAAGUCCUCUCGACACACAAGACCGAGAUGAAGUCAACUUCCAGCCCAGCUCCAAAAGCCUCGCCUCAGCCCAGCGAUCCCAGCCAGACUGCGAGCCCAAAACGAAAGCCGAGGUUUCCCAAGAAACCCAAAGCUGCAGCAGAGACUCCGUUUUCAGCCUUCUUGUACAGAUCCAUUUGCUUGCUUCGGGGCCCGCUUGUGCGGUCUGCCUCGACACUGACCUUUUUCCCUGUGCCAGUCUUUGACCGAGACCAGUUUCGCAGGAAGCCUUCAGGUUUGUCAUCCCUCAAGAGGAGCCUUCUUGCUGACUUGCCCUGGGCGACCACCCCAAAUGUCGCGACUCGCAGGUCGGAUAGACUUCUUCAAGGCCUUGUGAUUGAUGAUUACUUCGCCGCAAGUAUUGAAGACAGGAAGACAGACAAUUCUGCAAGCAGAGCCGCAGCAUGUUACAAUCGAAGCCAGCUUGCAUAUGAAGCAGCGGACCUUCUGGGAUCUCCUGCAAAGGAUGUGGUAGACCUGGGUGCCGAAUACUUCCCUGUACUGUUUGCAACGGAUGCCUCCUCUUUCAAGGGGGCGAUUUGCUGGGCCCCACAGGAGCCUAGGGUUCUGCGGACCAUUUGGAAGAGCUGCCGGUCCAAGGGAAGUUACACCAGGCUGCUUUCACCAGCUGAGCAGGUUCUACGAAACAACGGGCUUUUUGAUGAGGAAAAGUUGCAGGGUAGGCGUCCUAGGUUGCGCAGCCUACAGAAGCCUUUUGAUUUUGACACAACGGAUGAGCAGACCUUGAUGGGCAACACAUUGGGGCAAAGAGGUUUGGAAAACCAGUUGGUCAAUGAAGCCAAAGGUCAUGAGUUUGAGCAAAAAGGCUUUGAUAGCUCUCUUGGUUUCCCGGGCGAAGGCCCUGCUAUGAACAACCAGCCCCAAAUAGCUGGAUUCCGCUCCAUGUUUUACAUUCUUUUGUUUGGAUUUCCAUCAUCUCUUGGACUUGCCUUUUGGGCUCUUCUCCACUCUCUUUUCUUCGUCCCGGCCACCUGGAUUGCUGCUGUGUUGAGGGGGGUGCUUUGCCUUUUCUCGGUUUCUCCUAGGGGGCUGUGGUUUUCUGUGGGUCUGCUUGCUUGUGCUCCGGUCGCGAAUGCCAUGCCGAUCUUCCCUCGUACUGCAGGUGAGAGAUCGAAAGCAGCUAUGAGACAGAGCAGACCUCCGGUGCCAUCAGGGCGGCCGGUUUUGCCUGUCACCAUGCAACGUCGGAAGCAGCUCUUGGAUGCGUUUUUCAUUUGGGCAACUGAACAGGGUCUCGACAUAGCUGCGAUGUUCGAGGAUCAUCAAAAGCACAUUGAUGAUCUUAAUCUGGUUUUGGAGAAGUUUGGUCGUGCUUUGUAUGAGCACGGCAAGUCCUAUGGAAAAUAUGCAGAAACGCUAAAUGCCAUUACUUCGUGGAAGCCAGCAAUAAGACGUAUGUUACAAGGGGCAUGGGACUUUGGUUUUGCGUGGAACAGGCAUGAGCCUAGCCUGCAUCACGUUGCAAUGCCUGGCCCUAUACCCCUUGUAAUCCUGACAACAAGUAUGCUGUGGGGAUGGACGCGUUUUGCUGGAGUUUUUGCUCUCAUGUGGGCAGGCCUGCUUAGACUAGGUGAAUUACUUUCUGCCUAUAGGUCAGAUCUGCUACUGCCCAGCGAUGGUGACAAAAUACUUCCUUUUGGACUACUGGCGAUACGUGACCCAAAAACUAGGUUUUCCAACGCGCGCCAUCAGAGCGCUAAACUGGAUAUGGCAGACAUGCUGAAGAUCAUCGAGCUGUUCCUGUCUCCCCUACAAGGUCACCAGAGGUUAUGGCCUUACUCUGGAAGCACUCUGAGGAGCAGGUUUCAUGCUAUCCUUCAAGCACUGCAGCUUCCGCUGGAUACAGUCAACGGAGUUAGACCCCUCGAACUAGCAUCAGUGCGUGCAGGGGCAGCUACGUGGGUCAUGCAGACAACAGAGAGUGGCGAUUUGUUACAAAGAAGGGGCCGUUGGGCCAACCGGCGUAUGAUGGAUAUCUACGUACAAGAAGUAACUGCAUUAGUAUACUUGAAACGAGUUCCUGAACAUACAAAGAAUCAUGUUCUGAUGGUGUCGGACUCUUUCUUACAAGUACUUGCCAAAGCAGAGCUUUUUACACAAGCUCGUAUCCCUCCGAGCUCUUGGUUUGUGUUAUUUCGUGAGUAA